GCUGGGGGGAUCAAAGUAAUAAAGAGGAAAUCUUCGUCAACGAUGAAUCGUUCUUUGCUGUCGCAACCUCGAAGCAGCCUUGCACAGAGAAAGAUUAUCGUAGCACAUCUUGAUAAACGUGGUCAGUGUCUAGCUUCGUGUCUGUGCAAGAGGCUUCAGUUCACAAGAGAGGCUUGCUCAAAACUGUCAAAUUACGUACCACUACGAAUCUGUUAAGCAUACUAUUGGGUUCAACACACGACCGCAAUGCCAGCGAGUCUCGGGCUCUAUAUGGCAUUUAUUCUGCUGCUCAGGACGCAUACGCGCCUAAUUAUAUCAAACCAACUGAAACAGUUAUGCUCGAAUCUGCUGCUUUCGUCAUACUCAACGAACAGGGAGACUCCAGCUUUAGUUACUUUGUACUUCAUGAGUUCGCCUUCGGAUGCUUUGCUUCCAUCGUGGGUACCAGGCAUUACUGACCUCCGCGUUGUACAAAAUUUUUUGCCUAGUCACACAGUAUCAAAGCUCUUCGUGUACGAGAUCCUCGAUACGCGAUCAGUAUCACAAAAGAUCUCAGAAUACUGCGAAUUUGCGGGCGAUUUGUUGGAGACUGUCAAGUUCUCUUCCAUUUCAAUAAAGACCCUUAUGAUCGAUGUCCGUCUAUAGAGCAAUUUCUGGAGCAUGUAAGGGGCGAAGAGGGACAGACCCACCUAUCAGCCCUUGACAAUCACCGUAUCUACGAGUUUUCUUUAACCUUCUUUGGCCGGAAUACGAUAGCCAGAGAUCUCAGCAAAGACCACAUUUGAAAUGGCAGUCUUUUCAUAGAGGGGAGAGAUUACUCUGAGGAGGGUGCAAAGUGUUACCAAAUGCUAUGGAAUAAACUGUACGAUCUGGCUGCGAAGAUCGUCAUACUCAUAACGAGUCCAAGCGCGACUCUAUUUGGAAUUGUACCAAAUGAAGUUCAGGAUGGUGAUGUGGUGG